UCGACAAUCGAACCGCUCACGCCACCACCCACGCCUCCCUCCCACGCCCACGCCCACGCCCAUCAUCUCGCGCGAUCGCAAUCGCAUCCCCAAUCCCAAUCCCACUCCUAUUCCCCCUCUACCUCCUCCACCGCCAACUCACACGCAAGCUACUCACCAUUCAACGCCCAAUCCGCCGCGAAAAAGUUGCGCGAUAUGGACGGCUAUGUGUCGUUUGCGAACGUCGAGGGGCUGGGGAACCCGCCUGGGGAGGACGAUGAGGAGUCUGCGGCCGAGGGGGGUGUGGGAGGCAUGGGGAUGGGCAUGGGGGAGGGCGGGAUUAUGA